AUGCGCAUCUUGUGCCUUUUCUUUUCCGCUGUCUUCGCCCUACCGGGAGAUGACGAAAUCAGAGAGGCGCUCCAAGGCUUCAAGCCUGGCGAUGAUCAGGACUUUCCAUGCAUAGCGAAGGAGUGCCGGAAACCAACACGCAAGUUUGAGAGGAUCUCCAUUACUCAGCCUGGUUAUCAAUGGAUGGAUGCUGGUGGUUACUGUGGGGCUUGGUCCAUUCAGCGGGCUGUUAUGGCCAAAGGGGCGUGGAUUUCUCAGCAGCAAGUUCGCAAUCACACAGUCCCUGGUGGUGGUCAUGACGAAGAGAUUUUGGCGACUAACAUUGAUGUGGCCUUGAAAAAUCUGAAGAUAGCGGCUGAGGGGUUUGAUUACAAGAAUCUCCCAGUGCCGCAGGUUGAUACCUAUCGAAGGUGGAUCAAAAAACAACUUGUGAAUGGCCACACUCUUGUGUGGAUGAUCAUGCUCAAUGGUGGACAUUAUCCAGUUUACCCUCACCUACCAUAUGGUCUUUAUUCCCAUGUAGAGCCUGUCGUCGGCAUUCUUUCCGACCAUCCUCUCGCAGAUGAGAAUUUCUAUGAUGAUGAUGUGAUUCUGCACUACACCGAUGCAAGCACCCAUACGUACUACCGGACCAUGGCCAGUUUGCCGGGUGACUACACAAGUGAGGCGAGCUGUCCGGGACAUGACUAUCCCGGCUACCCCUGCAUCAACAAGCAGCGUGGCUUCGGUUGGGCGAUCCAGGGCUUUCUUGGAGAUGCAGUGAAUAUCCGACCACUGUCCUUGUCGAUCGAUCACUGGCAAUCAGAGCCGGACGUUCGGAGUGGUGCAGUGCCAGGCCACUUCAAGGGCACCUUGACCGCGUCGGAGCUGACAGUAGGAGGACGCUAUGUGAUCUAUCGCUGGGAUGGGGUGGCCAAUGCCUUCGACAUGAGCAAGGCCAUGGUGGUUCAGAGGUUUACGGCCAAGAAGGAAAUUGAAGUCAUGGAAGAUCCGAAGAGUUUCCAAAGUGAUGGAGCCACCUACUACAGGUGUCAAGAGGAUGCCCAGCAGCUCGUCGUUUGA